AUGGUAUCCAAGAUUGCAGUUAUCGGCGCAGUCAAUGGCCAAUUAUCUGCUGUCUUUGGCAAAUUAUCAGCAUUACACGCUAAAAAUGCCUUUGCAUUUGCUAUUAUUACUGGAGACCUGUUUGCAGAUCCAGUAAAUCCUACCGCAGAGGAAGCUACUCAGCUCAAGGAUCUUCUCGAAGGCAGAAUUGAAAUAGCUCUUCCAGUUUACUUUGCUCUCGGCAAACGUGAGCUGCCUCGUGAGGUUCAAGAAAAACUAAGCGCUAAUGCUGGCGAGUUGUGCUCCAAUCUUUACUUCCUUGGCCGCAGAACUACUGUCAAGACAUCUGAAGGUGUCAAGAUUGUCGCCCUGGGCGGUGCUCACAUGGACGCCGCUUCAGAUAAAUCCUUGAUCACCGAAUUCAGCCCCAGUCACACAUCAGAGGAUGUGAAGGUACUGAGGGGCGCUAACACUGCCGACAUCUUGGUGACAAGUGAGUGGCCUGCGGAGAUUCGUACUGGCUCUAAUGCACCUUACACUGGCGAAGAAGCUAUCUCGCAACAGGGCGUCGCAGACCUCUGUACCGUGCUGAAACCUCGUUACCAUUUCUCCUCCUCGGAAGGCUUCCUCGAACGCGAGCCUUUCUUCCAUGCUCAAGGCGAAGAUGACAGCGGCUAUCAAACUACUCGAUUCAUCAGUCUGGCACCUUAUGGAAAUGCGGCUAAACAAAAGUGGAUCUACGCAUUCACCCUGGAUACCUCAGUAGCACCUACUGCGACAGUGCCGUCAGGAGUUACAGCGUCUCCGUUGUCAUUUACGAAGAAGCGUAAGGCUGUUGAAUCUCAAGCGCAGUCAUUCUCGCGCUUCUCUGGUGGCAGCGGCGAUGGUGGCGGUCGACAGAGAGGUCGUAACAAGCGCGCUCGACCAAACCCGAACCCAUCAGAAUGUUUCUUCUGUUUAUCAAACCCCAACAUUGCAACACAUCUAAUCUCCUCGAUCGGCGACAGCGCGUAUUUGACAACAGCGAAGGGACCACUUCCGACUCCCAAGACUUUCCCUGCGCUCGGCUUCCCAGGCCACAUGCUAAUUAUUCCGCUCGAACAUUCGCCCACUCUUGCGUCGAUACAAGAUCAAGAUUCUAAGAAGGCCACUAUCGCUGAGAUGCAUCGCUAUCGACUUGCCUUGCAAAGCAUGCUCACGAAGAGGUCCGAAGAUGCUGCUGAAGCAGACAAGCUGGGCGCGGUCACCUGGGAGAUCAGCCGUCUGGGAGGUAUUCACAUUCACUGGCAAUUCAUGCCGGUGCCACAGGAUAUCAUCAAGAAGGGAUUGGUAGAGGCAGGAUUCAAGGUCGAAGCGGAAAAUCAGAGCUAUCCAGCUUUCGAGUCAUCGAGUGUUUCCACCGAUGUAGCAGCCGAGGGCGAUUGUUUCAAGGCUACUAUAUGGGAUGGAGCAGAGGAGAAAACUAUGGUUCUUCCUCUGGAUUCAUCGUUCAGGUUCGAUCUACAGUUCGGACGAAGAGUCCUCGCUAAGUUGCUCGGUCUAGAGAGCCGGUCGCAUUGGCAAGACUGUGACCAGAGCGAGGUAGAGGAGAACACAGAUGUUGAGGCUUUCAAAGCUGCAUUCGCUCCAUUCGACUUCUCGCUCGAAGCGUAA